AUGACCGAAUCAUCGGCUCGGCACACCGCACGAGAGCUCGUCAAGAGUAUCGCAGACGAACAUGGCUAUCUCGGCGAGCGUGUGUACGCCAAGAUGGACGCAGAAACCCGAAGGGCAGUUCAGAAAGCUCUCCUUGCCAAAGACAAGAUGAUCGGAAGUUCCAUCAUGGUGCUCGCCAGAGAACUUUACUCCAAAGAUGUCCGUUUCAUCUUUGAGCUCUUGCAGAACGCAGAUGACAACCAUUACGACAAAGCUCAAGCAGCCAGGCAACAGCCUAGCGUCGCCUUCCACCUAUACAAGCACAAAGUUGUGAUCGAGUGCAACGAGGACGGCUUUAACGAAGCCAACCUGAGAGCAAUCUGCAGUAUCGGUAACAGCUCCAAAGUCGGCGGCCAUGGCUACAUUGGUGAGAAAGGUAUUGGUUUCAAGUCCGUGUUCAAAGUCGCCCGGAGAGUCCUCAUUCAGUCAGGCGACUACUCCUUCACCUUCACACACAACCCCGGCGAUGUCGGGAUGGGCAUGAUUUCACCUGAAUGGGAGGACUCGGCAGAUGAAUCACCAGGUGAAGGGUGGACACGCAUUACUUUGUACCUCCACGGCGACUCUGAGGCUGCCACCCGAUAUCACGACAUUCUCAAGGAACUAAAUGAGCUCGACAACACGAUGCUGCUCUUCUUGAAGAAGCUCCGUCGCAUUGAGGUGACCAUCUACGACGAAGACAAUGAUGCAGUGUCAUCCACGGCUCUGUCCAUCAGCAUCAACGAGACGACACAUAGAGCUGUUCUUACGAAGCGGAAGUCCGAGGCUGGUGGGGACACAGAAACAACCAACACAUACUGUCAUGUCACCAAGCACCAAGCCACGAGCCUGGCCAAGAGCACUCACAGAACCUACACGGCGACCGAAGAAGCAACCAAGAGUUACGGAAAGGCCGAGGUUAUUCUCGCGUUCCCCCUUACAUCCAACGACAUUCCCAUUGUCGAGGCACAGCAAGUCUUUGCGUUCCUCCCCAUUCGUCGCCUUGGCUUCAAGUUCUUGAUCCAAACUGACUUCGUCACAAUGGCAAACCGAGAGGAUGUGGUCACCUCUGCGUCGAGGAACUUAGGUCUCCUGGAUGGAGUUGCUGAAGCCUUCAUCAAGGCCAUCCAUGAGAUGUAUGGCCAUAAGACGCUUAGAUAUCAAUGGAUGAGAUAUCUCGCAGGCAUGAAGGAGUACCCUUGGGACGACUUUUGGGGGGGACUAGUCAACAAGAUUACCGCCAAAUUGGCCGAGGCAGAGAUUCUCGAGCCUCGUCGUCGAGGCUUUCCGAAGCGCAUCGGGGACCUGCGUCGUGUUUCCGCCUGGUCGCAGGAUAGCAACGGCAACCCUCUUUUCGAAGACUUGCCCGGGACAUCGGAGAUGUACAUCUCUACGGGCUAUGAGACAGCCGACCAGGUUAUCCUUGCGGACUAUGGCUUACAGUUCCUAUAUCAGAAUGAAAUUCUGGAAAGAGUCGGAUACGACUUAAGCCUACCCAACUCGCGAAUGAAGAACCCAGUGACAACCGCAGAUUGGCAUACCCGGGCUGCCAAAGCUAUUAACCUAUCCUGGGACAGGAAUUGGGCAAGUACGAUAGCACAAACGAAGGCUUUCGGCCUUCUCCCCCUUAGCAGCGGGAUCUGGGUCUCUGCUACCACCAGCGAUGUCUACCUUCCGACUCUCGACAGCGGAAUUGAGGUACCUACUAACCUUGGCCUUAACAUACUGGCCGCCUCGGAAUGUAAAAACUCGGAAAGGUUGAAGCUGUUCAAAAACCUCGGGGCACACUACGUCGACGUCAACGACGCCCGGACCAAGACGCUACAGAAGUUCGGCCAGAGGCAAUACCUUCCCCUCUCAAUCGGAAAAGCCAUGCUCGAAUUUCUUUACCAGACAUGCAGUCACCAGCGUGGCACCUUCAAACACUACGAUGUCGUCAUGGUUCACAAUUCGUGGCUCGGACUCAAUUCACCAAGACAAGUGGAAUUCCUAUUCCCCAGCGACGACGCAUUCAGUCCAUGGCAGCUUUCUCAGCAGCCCCAAGAGCAAUUGGACCCUAUUGUAAAGAUCACCCACUUUAUUCACAAGGAUUACCUAAAAGACGAGCCUUCCAAGCCAGGCAGUCUCUCCUGGCGCGAGUGGCUCGAAGUAGCCAUCGGGGUCAGGAAAUCCCCCAGGCUUGUCAGCGCGAACGGAGGGUCGCUCUCGGUGCUUUGCAAGCAUGUGGCAGAGGAGAUUCCCGAAUCUUUCCUCGGUUUCCUGCGGUACGCAUGGGAGUCAGAGAAGGACUCGGUGCUCAAUAAUUCCGCUGUACUCGAAGAGUUGAAGAGCAUCGAAGUCGCCUGCAACGUAGGGGGGACGUCUACAUAUGCGCUCGGCCAAACAUACCUGCCAAUUCCCGGUCUUCAGCAGAAGGCUUUGUCUCUCAUGGAAGGAGAAGAUUUCCCCUUUCUCUGGCUCGUUGGAGAGACCCUGGACGAUGAUAACCUCGGGGUAUGGAACUUUUUGAAACGGGACCUGGCUGUUGGCUCGCAGGAAGACGCGCAGUUUUACAUCGACAUCGUCUACUACACCCAAGCAGCAAAGAACUCGCGGAAUGAUAUCGAGCGCCCUGAGCGAAUGAUAGACAUAUACGGCCGGAUCCACACUCGCAUUAGAGAGGCAACAGAUCGAUCAUCAUGGGAAGAGAAUCGGAAACAGUUUAAUAUGCAUAGCCUGGUCUACAUCCCUGCAUCUGGAGAUGACGAGGCUGCCUGGGUUGAGUGCUCGAUAUGCCUUCUGGACGCACCUCUCACGUUGCGGCACAAGUACCCCAUUAUCGCUCGAUACAAGGCUGCAUUUCCCGGGGUGGACCUGACUCUCCUCACUCAGUUCUUCCAAGACUCGCUGGCCAUGACGAAAUACUCAUGGGAGGAUACCAUCCGCGAGAUAAAGUAUUUGCAAUCCGAAGGCUGCUCCGAAUUCGAUCUUAUAAACCCUCAUUAUGAGUGUCUAAACCGAGCUCGUCGCGGCUGGAUUACCACGAGCAUCAACGCCAAGAAGAUGAGAGAAGAGUUUGAAACCUACUCUCUGAUCUUCAUCCAGAACGAGAAAAGCCAGUACCACUGGUCGGCACCCUCGGAGUGCCUGUGGUCGAGCGCCACGGAGAUCCAGGGCUGGACGAGCCUCAACAAUUACUACGAUGAUAGCUUGGAGGACUUCUUUGUCAAUGUUCUCAAGGUGCCCCGCCUCACCGUCAACAUGGUCUACGAUGAGCUGCUGCGCGUCGACCCCGAGCGGACUACAGUCAAGCAGGUCAAGGACCUGCUCUGGCAGAUGAACGCGCUGCUAUCCGAGUCCGAGGACAAGAAUCCGGAGGGCACGGCCGAGAACCUCCUCAAGCAUCCGAUUCUGCCAGUCCAGUACCGCAACGGCAACAUCAAACUAUGCUCGAGCAAGAACGACUUUGCCAUCGUAGACCGCCAGCCGCUGAUGGAGCUGUUCCAGGGCAAGAUAAAGGUGUUGGCCUUCGAUCUCACCGAGGUACACAACCUGAAGCGUUUCCUGAAGUGGGCGCAACUUGGGCGGCGAUACCUCUCCAAGGUGGUGAGGGAGGUAUCUGUUGUUGACCCGGUCUCGGCCUUCCCCCUGGCCGACCUGAGCCUGGACAUGGGCCGGAAGGCCCGGGCAUUGACACGGGUAGCAGUUCAUAUCCGGAGCCCUCGAGCGCGCGACGACAUCCCUGCCUUCUACGAGUUGCUCCGCAGUUCCAAGACGUUAGAGACCGACACCAUCUCGUCGGAGCUGACUAUCAGCCAAGAUGGGACGUCCGUUUCAGUCAAGCAGCAGCAGAGCGAGGUAUACAUCGAUGAUACCGCCGGUACACUGACUAUCUACGUGCCACACGACAGAGACUCGCUCGAAGUCUGUUUCGGCGACUCCUUGCCCAAGCAGUUGGUCACCUGGAUGAACACCGACCCCGUGACCAAUGUGCCAGAUAGUCGCGUCGACGACCACAUUGUGGCCGUCGUCACAGGCAUUCUGGCCACCAAGUCUGCCGCCGCCAUCAACCGCAUCCUCGAGAACAACGGCAUAAUCGAACUGACCGCCCCCAGCCUCGGCGCGGAGCUCGAACACGCCGCCAACGUAGAGCACGACGUCUCCACCCCGCGAGGCACGGGCGACCUGACCCAGCCAUCAUCGCCCUCCCCAGGCCUUGACGAUGCCGACGCCGACGUCCUCACAGGCAUCUCAACACCCGGCUCGACGUGGAGCAGGCCGCCGUCAUCAUCAACAGGCCACAGGCGCUCCUCCUCCCCCACCAUCACCACACCCACACCGUCCCCAACCCGCACAGCCCACAGGCACGAACGGUCCGUCUCCCCUCCGCCCGGGGCAGCAACCGGCGCCACAUCGGGCCCGUACCGCCGCCUACUAGCGCACGUGGUGCAGGCCGCGCGCGCCACCGCGACCCUGCCCAGCGCCAACACGGCGAGCGCCGUGCCCGACACCAUGCUGUCCCCCGCGGCCGGCACAGAGGACGACGAGGGCCACAUGUUUUCGCCGUCGGGCGGCGCGUGGGCGGUGACGGACCAGGAGAAGAAGCUGAUCGGCGCGGCGGGCGAGCUGUUCGCGUUCGAGCUGCUGCGCCGCGCGGUACGCGAGGGCGGCGCGGGCCGGGGCCUGUCGCGCGAGGUGUGGCAGACGCCGAUCCGCGCGCUGGCGGCUGCGGGCCACGCCGAGUACGCGGGCAUGGCGGGGUGGCCGCGGGAGGAGCGCGCCGACAUUGUGGUUGAGGACGGGGACGACGGCGGGGGUGACGAGGCUGAGGGGCCGGGGCCGGGGCCUGCGGCGGUGCUGGUGCGCCUGCUGGUCGAGGGCGGGUACCUCGGCGCCGAGUGGGAGGGCCGCCCGCGGGCGCCGCGGUGUUACGUCGAGGUCAAGGCGACGAUGGGGCCGUGCGAGGCGCCGUUCUUUAUGAGUGACGCGCAGUACCGGAAGAUGAGUGAGUUGACAAACAACGAGUCCGUAUACAUGAUCUUCCGGGUAUUCAACAUGGGCAAGAGAUCGAUUGGCGUGCGCAUCUAUAUGAAUCCAGACCAGAUGAGGCUGGAGGGCAGGCUGAGGUUCACAGCCGACCGGUGGACUGUGACGCCGGGUCAGGGGCUCCUGGUGUAG